AAUCUGAUCACGGUCACCGACCUUCCUGCCAUUGUAGUGGUCAAAUCUUUCAGCGUGGGCGUGGACGCCAGAGGAGGAAGACGCGUCGCCGCGCGGCCAAGCCAUCCCCGAUCGAUCCCCACCCGCAGCGGCGGCGAGGCGGCCGGAGAGGAGGGAGAUGGAGAUGGAGGCGGUGCCGGCGCUGGCGGUGGUGGACGCGCGGUUCGUCGCGGGGGACGCGGCGGCGCUGUCCGUGGCGAAGACGCUGAGCCUGUCCGGGAGUGACUUCACCGUCACCGACGCCGCCACGGGCGCCGUCGUGCUGCGCGUCGACGGCGUGCUCUUCAGCCUCCGCCGCCGCUGCCUCCUCGCCGACGCCGACCGCCGCCCCGUCCUCACCGUCCAAGAAUCGGCGAUGGUGAUGAACAGGAGGUGGAAGGUGUUCCGGGGGGAGAGCACGAGCCGGCGUGACCUGCUCUUCACCGUGGUGAAGCCGUCGGCGAUCCAGCUAUGGGGUUCGACCAAGGUGAGCGUGUUCCUCGCCAGCAACGACGCCGAGCAGGCCAGCGACUUCCGCGUCACCGGCAGCUACCACGACGGCGCCUGCGCCGUCUCCCUCGGCGACUCUGACACCGUCAUCGCAAAGAUCGACCGGCGGUUCAGCGUGGCGAGCGCGCUGCUGGGGAAGAACGCAUACAGCGUCACCGUCAACGCCGGCAUCGACUACGCCUUCAUCGUCGCGCUCGUCGUCGUCCUCGACGAGAUGCAUUUCCAGCCAUGACAAGAUCGAAACCAAAGCUCUCCCUGCUCCCAUCGAUUCAAAAAGACACGAUUUUUUUACCCUUCAGUUUUGCUAGCUCUGUAUACAGGCUUGAUAGACGAGAGGAAGGUUGUAAUUGGUUGAGAAGUGAAAACAAUUCAGAAAAUUAUACGGUGGAUGAUUGCAAUUGAUUAUUGUUGAUGAAAGUUGUUAUAUUUUGUGAUAAA